AUGUGGAUGGAGAACUCAGGUGGACCAGUAAACAGUCAAUUAUGCAAUCGUCUAACAAAUCGGAACAUUUCCAGUGGUUUUCAGCCACGCUGGAUGGGGUGGGAGAACGGAGAUCAGUUAUGCAAGGGUUUAGAUAACGGUGAGAUGAUGGAUGUCGUCGAAACCUGUUAUGUGUAUACAUGCGAGUUUCAACGAAGCAACAGCGUCAGCUUGGGAGCAAAUGCGUAUCCUUUUGACGCGCCAACCGGUGAUACGGACAUUCCCAAGAAGCGAGCAGUCAUCCUGGAUGAGAAUGGUGUGUGGCGCCCGGGCGAACAGGACGACAGUGAAUCUACCGAGGGAAAACAUUAUUUGCAGUGUUCUGUGGCCGAUCGUAUAGCUGGUGAACGGGUAUCCUAUCGACUCGUACAGCAGCGCAGUCUAGAUUUUGGGCUCUACAACCAAUUGAAUAAAUGCUCUUUGGACAAGCCGAUCGAUGAAGACGAAUCUUUGCCAUCCGGGGACAGUGAGGAACAGAGCCCGGUGAAAUCCACUUCCUAUCCAUCAAACCAACCCACAUCACCAACCCGAUGCAAUCCGACGGAAUCGGAUGUCUCAGGUCGGUUAAUUGCCUCACACAGCCCCAGUGAGGAUGCGGUAUUGCAACUGAUUCACUCGAAGGAGGUCGAGAAACAGUUCAGUUUACGGGAUGUUUUGGCCCAUCGAGUGCCUGAGUUGAACGAGGAUGAUGAUGACUGUCCGACGGAACAGAACAUCAACACCGAUGAGGGUGUUUCAAAAUCCACGACCCAAACAGAAACCUCCUUAUCUUGA